UACCAGCAGUAGCAAGAAAUAGUGAAACUGAUACAACAAUUGAUGGAUACUUUAUUCCAAAAAACACACCAAUUGUAGUAUCAUUAUAUGCAGUCCACCAUGAUUCAAAAAUUUGGGGAGAAAAUCAUGAUGAAUUUGAACCAUCAAGAUGGUUAGAUCCAAAGUUAACAUCAGAAAUAAAUAAUUAUACAUAUUUACCAUUUUUGACAGGUCCUAGAUCUUGUAUAGGUUAUAAAUUAGCCACAAUUGAAUUCAAGAUUAUUUUAUCUUCUUUGAUAAGAAAAUUUAAAUUUAGGGAAGUUGAAGGUUUUCAGGUCAAAAAGAGAAUUGGUGUUAUUACUAGACCUGAUCCUGGAAUUGAUCUUUAUGUUUCAAAAGUGCAAUAA